AUGGCUGAAGGUUUUGUUCCUGCUACUAAAGAAUAUGAAGUUUUAAAGAAAAACGCUAGCAAACUUCAACAAGCAAUCACUUAUCCAAAUCUGCUGUCAAUGGAGUUGUUUUCAGGGAAGCUUAUUCCUUUUCAAAUUCUUCAAAAGGUCAAUGCUGCUGUCAAUACAUCUGAUGCUCUGAAUCUGGAACUGAUCAUUAACUUACUUCAAGCAGUGGUCACUGAUCCUGGCAACUUUCACAAGCUCCUUCAAAUAUUAGAGAAUCAUCCUCCACUACUGACUGCUGUUGCCAAAGAAAUGAAAGAAGACUAUGCAAAAAUAUCGUGCCAAGUUGAGUCUCAAUCAUUGCCUGAUAGUAGCAAAGAUCUAAGCGGCACUGUACAACAGAAAACAAUUAAUGUGGGCUAUAGCAUGCAUCGUGAUUUUGCGGAUUUAAGAGGAAAGCUGGGAGACUUGGUGUAUGACAUAAAGAAAAAAGUCGAAGAGGCUCAUAUCAACAUCAAUGAUGUGAAAGAUGUCAUCAGAUAUCAUGACCCUGACGAAAAAUGUAGUAUCCAAUUACAAGAAGCAAGAGACAUGUCACAAGUAUUUUUCAUAGUUCGUACCCAGCUUUGCUCUCUUUGCAAUUGUUCCAUAUUGCAAAAACUUGCUAAGAGGUUUAAUCUUCAAGAUGGUGAAAGAAUAAUUCAAGAAUAUGAGUUUGCAAAGGAAAAUUAUCGAAGGUUGCUGACUAGCUCAUCUUUUGCAGACGAAUUGCGAAAAGAGAGUCAAUUUCCAUCAAAUGCAAAAGGUAUUAUUGUUUUGAAGUUGAAGUGGCCAUCAGUCAAGAGCCUGACUGUCUUAGAGUUUGAAAAUAUCAUCAAAGAAGUGUUCUCUGAGCUUUACUGUUAUAUGCAUCUUCUUAAAGUUGAGCCAGGUUCAAUCAUUGCUACAUUGUGUGCUCCUGAAAAAGUUACAGGAGCACUGGUAGCACUGGCAAAGAGGAGUAUUGUGUAUCUCAAUGAUAUUAGAGUGACCUGGUUAAAAAUUGGAGAAACUUCAGUUAUCGAUGACAUUGACGACACAGAAAAGUUAUCACAGGUUGCCAUUGAACAAGAUAAGCCCUCUUCCUCCAGUCCUAAUAAGGUGGAAAAUAUUUUGGACAAUGUUGAUAAUCUGCCAAGUUCAUCAGUUGGAGUUGUUAUUGGAACAGUGUCUCAGUUAAGUCAUCCAUUAGUACAAGCUGGAGUAGAUGAUGGAGGAGAUGAUACUGAUCAAGGAAUGGGAACUGAUUCAGCUACUCCAAUGGUUGACCAAACAUGGCGUCACUAUCCUGUCACACCAAAAGAAGUAAUGAUUAUUGGAUCAUUUGGUGAUCAUAAUAAUUGGCUGGAACAACAACACAAUGUAUCACCAAAACUACUUACAGCAGAGUUACCAGGUGACUGGAGGAAAGAAGAGAUUCAGAAUAUUGCAGACCUGUAUAGUAGAAAUCCUGCUUUUUAUCACAUUAAUUCAGUCCAUUAUGAUGUACCAGGAAGUGAAUGCACUAAAGAAUGUUACAUGGAAGCAAUCAAACAACUUUUUAUUAACUGCAAACUGGAAGGAGUUUUUCUCUAUUACACUGGUCAUGGAGAGAAGGACACUGGUAACUGGUGCUUCAAAGAUGGAGUAAUAUCAUUCAAUGAUAUCUUUGAAUUAUAUGUAAACCAUUUUAAAGGAAAGCCAUUAGCAAUAGUAUCAGAUUGCAGUUAUUCUGGUAACUGGAUCAAUGAAUGCAGUAAGAGGUUAGAUGAGAUGGAUGUUCCAUCAUGUGGACACCACACAAGAAAGCAAGGGCUGUUGUUUCAGAUAUACACCUCUUGUCAACCAAAUGAAGAGGCUACUGCAUUGUGUUAUGUUGAUGAAGCUGUUCAGUAUAGUGAAGCAGAUAAGUCAGUGAUAUAUUGGCAUGGUGCAACACUAUCAUCAGGACAGAAAACAAUGUGUACUGACUUUAGAUACAUUUAUUGCAGUAAACUAGCUAAUGAAUCCUGUGAAGCUGAUGCUGACUGUACUUGGAAUAAUCGGUUUAAAGGUUGUCUUCUUUAUUGUGUUCGUGGUAAAGAAAAAGGACGGGCAGCCUGGCACUAUGUAUUAGUUGAUGAAGAGAAAGUAGCUGACUUUAAAGCUCAAGUAGCUACUGGAUUCAUUGAUGUUGCUGAUUAUGGUAGAAUCUUAAAGUCAGGAUGGGGUGAGGAUCCUCCCAAAGAUAUUGAGCGAAAGAUGGAGCUGCGAUUUGGUUGGCCUUGAUCACAUGCAUGACCAUUAUAAUUUCUAUAAUUUUUAGUGCGUCUCCUUUUUGUAGUCAUUAGUUGUCAACAAUUCAAUUCUUGAAUAAA